UCCCAGCCGAGGAGCCGUCUUUUGGCUCCUCCCACUCCGGUGCUGAGAGACGGUGCUGCUGAAGGAGCAGAAAGAGGAGGAGGGGACGGCAGCCGGGAUAGGACAUGCCCCGCAAGAGGCCGUUCAGCGCUAAGCAGAAGAAAAAACAGCUGCAGGACAAACGGGAGCGAAAGCGGCAGGGCUUUCAAGAUGGUGUGAGAUCGAGCUCAAACAGCCGGAGCGGCAGCCACGACAGGCGUGAGGACCACACGGACACAUCGGACAGCGAGUCGUUCUCUCUGCAGGUCCGCAAGCUGAACCAGCAGCCGCAGGUCCGCAAGCCGGGAGAACAUGGCUACGACCCCAACAGAUACCGGCUGCACUUUGAACGGGAGAGCAGAGAAGAGGUGGAGCGGAGGAAGAAGAUUGCCCGGGAGAAGAUCUUGGAGCCAGUUCUAGAAGUCGAGGCGGAGGUGGACAUAGAAGAUAUUUAUAAGACUGGCUCAGUGCUGGAUAUCCCUAAACGCCCGCCCUGGAAUUAUCAGAUGACCAAGGAGCAGCUCUUGACCCGAGAGGAGAAGUGUUUCCGGGAAUAUCUUGAGAAUAUCUAUCGUACGUUCCCACCAAGCCAACUGAGUUACUUUGAGCACAAUCUGGAGACAUGGAGGCAGCUGUGGCGUGUACUGGAGAUGUCUGACAUUGUGUUGCUCAUUACAGACAUCCGGCACCCAGUCAUCAACUUUUCCCCAUCCCUCUAUGACUUUGUGACGAAGGAGAUGAAGAAAAACCUCAUCCUGGUACUGAACAAGAUUGACCUGGCACCUCCAUCCCUGGUGGUGGCCUGGAAGCACUACUUCAAGAGUCAGUUCCCCGAGAUCCACGUGAUCUGCUUCACCUCCUACCCGCAACAAGACCAAGAUCCCAGCACAGUGUUUAAGAAACGCCGGAAGCGCCGGAAGGGAUGGAGCACAGCCAUGGGGCCCAAUCAGCUGCUGAGGGCCUGUGAGAGCAUCACGGCUGGAAAAGUGGACUUGAGCAGCUGGAAGGAGAAAAUUGAGCGGGACGCAGCUAGUGCCCGCCUGCCACUUGAAGACUCCGAGGAGGAGGAAGAUGAUGAUGAAGGUGCAGCAGUACUAGUAGAGCACCAAACCGAUGUGGCGAUGGAGGUUGGGGGCUUCUCCCGGGAACUCUAUAAGGAUGGGAUCCUGACAGUAGGCUGUGUAGGUUUUCCCAACGUGGGCAAGUCCUCGCUCAUAAACGGGCUGGUGGGCCACAAGGUGGUGAGCGUCUCCCGCACUCCAGGCCACACCAAGUACUUCCAGACCUACUUCCUGACCCCCACAGUCAAACUGUGCGACUGCCCUGGGCUCAUCUUCCCUUCCCUGGUUGACAGAAAGCAGCAGAUCCUGGCUGGCAUCUAUCCUAUUUCCCAGAUCCAGGAGCCCUACACUUCUGUGGGGUUUCUGGCCAGCCGAAUUCCAAUCCAGGCCUUGCUCAAGCUGCAGCAUCCGGAUGGUGAACAGGGCAAAUCUGAGCCCCCGUGGUGCGCCUGGGACAUCUGCGAAGCCUGGGCUGAGAAACGAGGCUACAAGACCGCCAAGGGAGCCCGCAAUGAUGUCUACCGAGCAGCCAAUAGCCUUCUACGCCUGGCGGUGGAUGGGCGCCUCUGUGUCUGCAUGCGACCUCCAGGCUACACUGCACAGAAAGCCAUGUGGGAGCAUCACCCUGAAACUGCCGAGAUUGCUGCUUUGCAAGAGGCGCACCGCUGUGACGGUAAGCGCAGCUCUGGCGAGGAAGAAGAGGAGGAAGAAGACGAGAUCUCCAGCUCAGGGGAGGAGGAGGAUGAAGAGAAAGACCGGGACGCUGACGAAGAAGGCGAGGAGGAAGAAGAACCACAUUCUGCACCCAAGAGUGGGCCCAGUCAGUCUGUUCCUUCUAGGAAAGGAAAGCUCACUGGCCGGAACUUGUUUGCUUUGCUUGGGGAGGAUGAAUGUUAGCAGCUCCCCCUGCUGGACAGACUGAGAGGGGAUGGGCGUCUUCUCUCCCCCCGCCCCCAAGCUCCUUAUGUGCAUUCUCAAGCUCCAGAGCAGCUGUAUAUCAAUAAAGGUGAUGUUUAUUUCCUGA